CCUGGCCACCCGUUUUUCGGUCGCUUUGCCUGUCUUCUCAUUCUCAGCUCACCAUUACUCAUGCAAGAGCAACAAAUGUCGGAAAGCUCUUCCUCUGUUCUUCCCAGCAUACAACUUGAACGCUCUGGCGGCGAAUCGUCUGCACCCGAGCCAACUUCUCAGUCUACUUCUGAUCCAGCCUUGUCUCUGCGUGCUGUAGCUCUGUCAACAUUAAAGUCGAAGAGACGGAAAGCUGCAAGUUCGACACAACCUUUUUCUAAUCUGCCUCGCCCAGUCACGAUUGACAAUUCGGUCCAGCUUGACUACGGUCAGGAUGAUGACCACGAUUAUUCUGAGGUCCGUUCAGCAAACAAAUCAGAUCCGCCAGAAGAUCUGCAAGCCCGCGAGGAAGGCGAAAUAAGUGAUUCGGAAGAAACUUCAGCUGUUCAAAAACCCGUCGAGCUCCCGCCGCCCGUAACAAUCGAUGCUCAACCCAGCAUAUCUGGCGAUGCUCAAUCACCCCGGGACAGGCUUCCUCCACUAUCAGCAUCGACGACUAUCUUCAAGACGGAGUCUCCACCACCUUCCAACUUGCUCGAUAGGAUAUCUGAUCCCCAAAUAUCGGCAUCUAUUCCUGAACACCCUCAACAACGUGGACUUUCCGAGUCAUCUCAUGCAGCAGAUGAUAUGGAUGUGGAUACUAGUGCCUUUGUCGAUGAGAACAACGUUCGGCCUGGUCUGAAAAUGAAUCAACAUCAAUACGAUACCGCCAAAGACAUAAUUCUUGAUCUCCUUGGCUGGGGUGUUCCGCCUGGUUAUCUCAUUGAUUGCGGCCUCAGUCGGGAAAUCGUCUUUUAUGUAUUCAGUGAACUGAACUUGCGUCUGCCGGACGGUUUCGACACACACGGGCUAAUUCCUUACAACACUUCCACCGUGAGGAUGUUGACCCGGGAUUCAUCCUCGCGCUCUGACUUAGGGUUUCGUUCGACUUCUGACGUUGACUCUUUCUCAAAGUCAGUCAUGUCACCCGAUGCUCACAAGCUUCACGACAUGGAGAAACAGCGUCGACAGGAGCUUCUCGCUCGCAAGGCGGUCUAUGCAUCGCGUAAAGGGAAGGCGCCGAUGACGGACUCUGCUUCCAACGGACUACACAAAGGGGAUGUAGAAUUAGCUGUUCCUACAGAGACAGUUGACGAUUUCUUGAAAACCAUCGAGUCAGGAGAUGAACCUCGCAGGAACCAUAUCUCUCAGCUGGGUCAUGAAGAUAACGAUAACAUGGAAGUUGAUUACACGACACCCGGAGACCAAUCCACACAUCAAGAUUACGUUCAUACACCCACCGAACCCCCUACUUCUGCGGACUCUAUUUCAUUUGGGCACAUCAGCGGUCGUUCAUCUAGCAGCGGGGAUGUUUCUGUAUCUAGUAACGGUCAGAAACGUGGUACCAAACGACCUGUGGCUGCUGACUUUGUGGAUUUUGAUAACGAACCCCGGUUGCGAAAUGGUCAUUCGCAUACUACAUUGAAGCGAAAGACAGGGGGAAGCUUUGCCAGCAUCAGUACAACACGGAGAUGUGUUAUUGAUCUCAGCGACGAUGAAGAAGGCGGUGCAGGUGCUCGUCCACAAGGGAAUGGGCCUGGCUACGAGUCGCCUGUGCCAGUAGCUAGUGUCAGCGAAGUUAAUGGGGGGUAUUCUACGCCUCCAGUGGGACCGUCAAGUACAUCCACACCUCGAUUGUCUCCGGGAGCGCUUGCCGAAAAGGAGAGGCAGAUUGAGGAGAUGCGACAGAUGAUUGCACAGCGCGAAAAAAGCCGAGUUGUCAAGAGUCUCAAGUUCAAGAAGAUGGCUCCUAAUGGUACACUUACACCUGAAAUUUCCGUGUCUGUCGAGCAAGGAGAGGAUGAAUCGUUAUUGGCAAAAGAGACCCCCGAAAGCUCAUUAACGAUGCAUAGAACCACUGAUCACAUGAAUACUGAACGCACGGCGAUUGAGACCAUCGGUGCAUUUGCGAACGAGCAGGAUGAUGAUGACUCUUCUGUAGCCUCAACGCCACCUCCUAUGGAUGAAUCCAACGAUACAUCAAGUACGCCGUCUCAGGCAUCCUUUGAAGCACCGGUUGCCCAAACAGGGAGUGGUCAAGCGGACAUUGUGCAAGACCCGCAGGCUGGAGAGAAAACAACAGAAAUGGUCGACGUUGAACCAAAAUUGUCUUCGUCGGCACAGGUGCGUCUCAUGAGUUCGUUUUAUUCUAUUCCUUGCGGAAGUUCUUCCGUAUUCCGCUAUCCUCGUCACUAAUUGUUCUCGUCCCAGAUGAAAACGACAACGUCUCCACACCACCCAAGGCACGACGAAAGUCAGGGCCAGUCACAAGAAAAGUUUGAAGACUGGUAUCCCCCGUAUCAAUCUAUCUUCCAUAACUACCCUCUCCUCCGCUCUUCUCCCUCAAAUUUAACUGAAGACCGGACAUUAACGAGAGCGGAUGCAAGUUCACUGAUCCCUUCUUCCAACGGCUCUACUUUUUCUAGUACACCUUUUGAUUCCACAUCCACGCUUUCCACCUCUUUAGAUAUUUCCGCCUCUUCUUCCUCCGUUCAGUCUUCUCACAUUACUAUAGUUCUACCCGUCUUGAAAGCUCUUAAAUUUGGUGCCUUCAUGCAGUCCCUCGAUCCCUCCAAACGUGUUUGCCAGUACGAGAUUCCUGGCGGUGGUGUUUGCCGGGAUGCGGGGUGCGAAGAUAACCAUCUAAGUAGGAUGGCCACAGGGGCAGUUGAUUCAAAAAAGAGUUCACAGGGGUUCUCAGUAGAACCUAGCGAUCAAGAUGCCGCCAAAUACUUGGCCAACUUUUUACCGGAAAGUUGGAGAUUGGGACAUGGCAGUAUGGUAACGUCCAAGAUUAUCGGCACUCUCGAAGAAGCUCGAGUCAAAAACCCUUCAAUGACUUUCGAUGAGCGUGUUGCGUCGGCUGUGGCUACGCUGCAGUCUCAAAUUUCGGCACUCCGGAGGUCAUAACGCCGCCCUCGUGCUCCCAUGGCUGGUAUCAAUCACGUAUCGCUGAUGACGCGACGGCCGGCGGUCUGCUUCGUGACAGUUGAGUUUCUUUGGACACGCGACGAUUCAAAAAGUGAUUUCAGCAAGAAGAAGAGGACGACGCCCCCAUCUGGCUUCUCAUUAGUUUCAGGUUCCCUGUUGCUGUGAAGCAGGAGACAGAACGACCUUGGAUUUGACGAUACCCUCGUAUAAAAAAAGAUGGAGAAUUGGAAAAGAGCGCAUAGUGGCGCCACUCUCGUUACGUUGGGCGAAGGAGCGUGUACACCUCCCAUCGUUCGAGGGCUGUGGUUUCGCUGAUUUUUUUUAGAGAUUGUCGACGCAUUUUUUAUAAUUUCAGAAUUCCUUGAUUGUUUUCGUGACAUGUGUAUCUUUUAGUUUGCAUUUCGUUCUCGUAGAACCCAACGUCGAAUCUUCAUAUUGUAUUUUGUAUCACUAAACAGAGUUGUUUUUUUC